AUGGCCAUCCUGGCACCGACCAGGGCGCGCGCGACCCUCGCUCCAGGGAGGUCUUCAGCCGAAUUGAUUUCAGGCAGGGCCCUCGCGGCCCACGUGCGCUGGGGCAUCAAGCAUGGCAUCGCCACGAUAUCACUCUACUUGCGCGAUGGCCAGGGCCUCUCGGACGCCACUGUGGAUAUUCUUAGGCAGGCAGGGCUUUUGUGCAUGAAGACUCGGACUGGUUUCCACAUGUGCCUGUCAGAGUUCCAAUGCAGGAUGCAGAACAUGAUGUGGGUCCGAGUGCCCGGUCAGCCUGCGUCCGUUGACACGAUUCCAAAGCCAGGAUGCGCGAGGUCCCCGCCCGUCGUAGAGUGGGACAUGGCCAGGGAGCCCAUUGCCAGGGCCGACAAUGCUGAUAACCUUGCCGAAGCCUGGGAUGCGGUCCUGACGCAGAUAGAAGAAGAAAUGUUAGACAGCAUGACCGAUGACAUGGUUGCAAACGGCAAGGAGCUCGAGCUAUUUGUUAAGUUGGCAUGGGACCUCCAGGGCUUCUUCCACAGAGCGUCUAAAGCAAAAUUGAUCAUGCAGCACCUGGACGAGGACGAACGCGCUCGAGCCCGAGACUUUUCUCACCAGUUCUGUUGCGACGAUUUCCUUGAGACUGCACAGUUCGUCAUAGCCAAAGUUGAGAGGGUGGUUCAAGCUAUAGGGGCAUUCAAAACGGCAGAAUGGACGGAGUGGGCAAAGGCAUCUUUCAACAAUGGAGCGAGACAGGCGCACCGUUUCUCGAAGCUCAGGGGCCUGCAGGAAGUGCUCGAGCACACCCAGCAGCCGCAGCCUUUUGAGAUGGCAGGACACACGUCAGUAACAGUGCUGAUCGACAUGUACAAGUGCUUUGAGAUGAUCAAAUUGCAGAAGCUAGUCGGCUUCGCCUACGUGCUCACGGUGUCCUGGCUGUACGCGGCGCGCGCCGAGAUGCCCUCCGGGCGGGGCCACCAGAGGGCGAAGCCUUGCCCGAGCUUCAAUGGAGACGAGGUCCUGCUGCUGGGAGCCGAGUCCUGCACAUCGAGCGCCUGUGCGAAGCGUCACGGGCAGGCACAGGAGACUUGGGACGAGGGCACCACCCUCAAGCCAGAGCCAGGGCUGCUGCUGGCCAAGCAGCUGCUGGAGAAGAAGAAGCAGGCGGCGAAGGACAAACUCAACGAGAAGACCAUGAAGGCGUUGGGCAAGAUGGGCGGUGGCCGCUACAUCAUCACGGCCUCCAAGGCCGAGGUCAAUUGUGCUGGCGUGGCCACCUGGGUGAUGCCCGCGAGCACGGAGCCGCCCUCGGUCGCCAUGGCCGUCGCCAAGGAGGACGCGCUGCAGACCGUGAUGCAGGUGGGAGACACGUUCGUGGUGAACAUGCUCGAAGAGGGGAACUACCUGCCGCUGCUGAAGCACUUCCAGCAGUCCUUCGCCCCCGGCGCCAACGUCCUCGAGGGCAUCGAGACGCUCCCGGUGGAGGGCGGCUCGGCAUUGAAGGGCGGCUGCGCGUUCCUCACCUGCAAGGUGAGCUCGCGCAUGGAUGCCAGCGAUCACAUUAUCAUCUGCAGCGAGGUGGUGGCGGGAGAGGUGCUCCGCCAGGCGCCCAUUGCUGCCAACUACCGCAAGACUGCCGCGUACUACUGA